CCGAUACGAUACUUUGGUGUUGACCUUUGACUCCGUGUGCUUCGCUUCUAUGUCAGCCGCUCUCUUCCGCAGCAAGCUUUUCUGUUUAUUAUUUAAUACUAAAAUUUCUAAUGUUCAUAGAAGAAACGAAACACUAUAUAUCUCUGAAACUAAAACCACAACAACCCAGUCCCAGGCUGCAGUUUUAUAUGAUAGCACCUCCAUUUGAUUCAUGGCAGAAGUUGGGGAAUGUUCUUCUGCCUCCCAAAUUUGGGCUAAGCUUGUUCCGUUAGGUGUGCAAGAGUCGGAUAUUGAGAUAUGUUCAGAUGAGAUUAUAGUAAGUUCUCAGAUCACACUUUCUUCCCAAGUGAAGCGUGACUGGUGCAAAAUAACAAGGAAUGUGAAUAUGUUAUCCGCGAUGAUGCAAAAUAAAAGUUCAAAUGAUAUGCUUGUUGAUGAUGCUGUUGUCCAAAGCGGAGAUGUCAUUGAAAUCAAAUCUGGCACUGAAAUAGUUUUGGGUCUUAAUAGAGAAGGUCAGCUUUAGUUUAUUUGAUUGUUCUUUUUCCAUAACUGCCUUGUUUAUGACUGAAUCAUUUUAGUAGAUCACUCUGUAACUUGUUCCUUACAUUGUUUAUCUUCUUGAUUUAGAUAGUAAUCUAUUCAAAGUGCAUCUCAUUGAUUAAAGUUGCCAAUCGAUAUCAAUGAUUAGAUUGUGAAGUGUUGCGAUUGCUUUCUGAUUCUCCUUUUCAAAUUAAAGGGACAUGUGAGUUUAGUAUCUAUUGAAAAUGAGGGCACUAUCAUUUUCUUAAGUUUUUAUCAUUCGACUGGAGGGAGUUGGACAUUGUUCUCGAGGGUCAGGGGUUCUCUCUUCCCUCAAAAGGUGAUGGUUUGAGUUGAAUAUUGUUUAGUGUGACAAAAAGGUUAUAAGAGAGGGAAACAUCUUCAUGGAUAAUAUGCUAUGCCUUUUGGAGUUUACUGUUGGUUUCAUACCCUGCUGCUACAUAAUUUUAUAAACAGAAGUUAUCACUAUUAGGAACUCUUUACAUCUUGAUCAAUACAGAUCAUUUUGUUUUUUCUGAAUUUGGAUUUUUCUGCUUAUAAACAAGUUCAGCCUUAUUUGUUAUACUCCAAAAUAAACUGGCAAAAAUGGUACUUACCAGCUACCACAAUACUUUCAAAAAAUGUGUUGUCUAAAUUUUAUAUUGUUUUAUAUAUGUCACAUUAAGGACCUUUGGAACUGAAAAAUCAUUGUCAUAUUUGGAUAAUUGGCUUUAG